AUGUCUUUGUAUCACGCGCAAUCACCAGUCAUGUCUGCCGACUCUCAGGCUCUGACCAAGCGUCAAAGCGAAACCAGCCUUAUGCCCCCGCCGCCGCCACCCAAGCGUAUCAAGCGGCCGGCCACUGUGUUGGACGAAGAUAUCUACACCAAUGCUCUGUCGGAGAUUAUCGCGCGUGAUUAUUUUCCUGGUCUCCUGGAAGCCCAGGUGAAGCAAGAGUACUUGGAUGCGCUUGAUUCGAAAAACAAACAAUGGAUCGCAAGCUCCAAGAAGAAAUUGACCGACCUGUUGAAGACACCGGGAAGAGCUCGAUCGCAUUCCGGAUCAGCCAAUAUGACACCACGAGCCACCAAUUCGGGACGCCCUGAAGACACCCCGAUGGGCUGGGGUGGAGAUACACCGAUGUCAGUCAUGUCAACAACUUCGUCAUCUACUACACCCAACGUCGACCAUGCUACGAUACCGGAUGUGUCUCGCCUUGGGCUGCUAGAGUUCCAGGCCAAAUAUACGAGUGAAGAUAAUGAGUCGUUCAACAAGCUGCUCGAUAAACAAAAUGAAAAGCACCGCGAGAGAUAUAAAUGGUUGUGGAGUGGGAAUAAAAUACCGACUGCUAGACAGAUUGCGCAUCGGCGGCAAGAAGCUAAGCGGAUCGAGGCACAAGGGGGUAACCCAGAUCAGCUCAAGCAGGUGGCCAUAAAGACUGACCUGGACGCCCGGCCCGCAAAUCCUGAUACCUGGAAGACUCAGCCCGAGAACUCGCUCAUGUUUGCGCCUUCUUCCAUAGAGGACUCAUAUGAAACUAUACAGCAGAAAGCCGAAGCGUCAUCGCGCGCAGGGCCCAAGCGGGUAGUGUUUCAGAACACACGGUUACCAGAUGAGAGCGUCCAGCAGACGUCAUCUGCCACAAAUGCACCCCCGCCCUCACCUUCGAUAUCGGCCAUUAAAGAUGCUAUUGCCGGACACCCUCGCCCCACCGAAUCUGAAGCAGUAUAUACAGGGGGUGAGACGCCACGAGUGAAUGGGUAUGCCUUUGUGGAUGAGGAUGAGCCUGAAUAUCCCCUCGCUUCGUCAAAUGACAAUAACGAUUCUGCGAUUUCUCUGGAUGAUAUUCGCCUGCUUGGCGGCAGUGAUGCCACACCGAAUCCUUUUGAGAUCAAAGAAAACCGGAGACGAGAGGAUAUUCACCACCGCAUGGUAGAUCGCGUAGCGAGGUCUAAGCGAGCGGAGAAGUCCCUUCGCGAAACAAAGACCCCUGUAACGCCACGGUUCGCCAGCAGCCCACGACUGGACUUUGGUCUGCGCACCCCAAGUGCAGCUACGCCAGGAGGGAGGACUAACAAAGCGUUGACUCCCGCAGCACAGAAGUUACUUCACCAGGUGGGAAGUACGCCUCGUCUAGCGGCAUCGUCCUCGAGUUCAUCUCUGAGGAACAUGUGGACACCGACCCCGAAAAGGGGCAAAUAA